UGUUUAAAAGUACACAACAAACAAAUUAAAACAUAUUCAAAAAGAUUUAAUAUAUAUAUAUAUAUAUAUAUAUAUAUAUAUAUAUAUAUAUAUAUGUAUAUAUAUAUAUAUAUAUAUAUAUUCUUAUGUAAUGCAAUUAUUAAAAAUUAAAGUUUAUUUAGGUAUUAUUUCUUUCUUAAGCACUACUAAGGUGCAGCGAAUAACUUAAUUAAUGUUAUUUCACUCAUCCUUUGGUGCAAUAUUAAUUGCCUGUUUCAUUUGUUUUCAAAUCUGAUUAUCUAAAUGACGAAUUAUCGGUUCCGAUUUUGGUGAUUCAUAGCACACAUAUUGGUAGGAGCUUGGAUAAACCUGUCAUUAUCCAGUCCCACAUUUCAAGGCAUACCCAGGAUGUAAUGCCAUAUACCUGGACAAAAGAUCAGUAAACAGUUUCCAUGGAACGGUUCAAAAGCAGAACAGAUAACAAAAUAGCGAUGUGCUAAAAGUUCUAUUAUAAAAGAGUAUUAAAAUAUCUAGAUCGGAUCGGUAAAAAUUAAUGCACACAUUUUAUGCACAUGUUUUGUUUUAUAGUAUUCAAAAUAUUUCGCGCAAUUGCAAUAUCAAACUCUAUGUAAAUCGAUGUUUUGGGGCAAUAGGGGCAUAUUGAAAUGUUGUUAUUUUGCGGUGGGGGGGCCGGUGGGGGGGCCGGUGCAAGGGCAUGGGGUGGCCCGGCCACCCCAGGCCCCCCCGGUGGAUCCGCCCCUGCUGUUGCUGCUUCUACUCCCGCUCGCUGCUACUACUCUGCCGCUGCUUCUACUGCUACUCUUGCUGCUAUUACUAAUAAAUCAAGUUACCCGUGCGAGCAGUGCGGCCUCCAUCUGACCAGCAAACGAGAACUCGUCUAUCAUGUUAUGUCCCAUUCUGGUGCAAGCCCCCUGAAGUGCAAAGAGUGCGGGGACAAGUUCACCCGCCCUGACAAACUGAGGAGGCAUAUGUUUGUUCACACCGGUGAACAACCGUUCACCUGCUACAGAUGUGGGGCAUCGUUUUCAAGGACAGAUAAAUUGAAAGAACACACACGAUUGGUCCAUAAGGAAACCCUAUUGAAGUGCUCCUCGUGUGAUGAGCUGUUUGAUACAUGGCUACGUCUCAAGAUACACAUCAAAUCACAUGAGUACACAUGCAAAGAGUGCGGAGUCUCCUACACGCGCAAGCGCCACCUACAGUUCCACGAACUGACCCACAAGAACAACUCGGCCAUCGUCUGCCCGGACUGUGGUGGUCGGUUUUCCAGGCUGGACAAACUUCGGACGCACAUGAAGUUCAUUCACAAGCGGCACUCGGUGAGGAGGGCUGUCCUCAGGCAGUUGGCCUGGAAGACUGUUAACUUUGAUGAUUUGGAAGCUGGCUAUGUCGAUGAUGAUGUGGGUGGUGGUGGUGGUAAAGUUGGUGGUAAUGAUGCUUACGACGAUGUUGGCAAUUGUAGUAAUGGUGGUGGGGAUCUUAUUGGUAGUUUUGGGGUUCAAAGUGCUUUAAAAGAAGAGUUUAUGGAUAACAACAACAACAACAACAAUAAUAAUAUUUCUACCAAUAAUAAUGCUAAUAAUCAUAGUGAAAGUAAAACUUAUGAUGAAGAUGGCGUGACUAAGGCCUGCAUAGACAGCAUUAUGAGCCAAGAAACCCCGGUCCAGAUCAAAAUCGAACCAUCAGCAUCGGCAACCAGCAACAGCUACGAAGCAGCUAACAGCAGCUACGAAGCAGCUAAUAUCAGUUACGAAGCAGCUACGACAGCUACUGCCCCAGGCUCGGCGACGACGUACGAACAACAGCAGCUGCAGCAAGCAACGUACGAAGGUCCGCCCAACAACAACAGCAGCAACAGCAACGCCACAAACAGCGAUGACGACAACGAUGACGUCACCGACAAUAAAGAUGACGUCAUGGUUGCUAAAAAUGGCUGGCUGAAACGACUGAGAAACUCGUUCGGUGGUGACUCGAAGAGAGCUAUCGACUACAACGAGUAUCGAGACAAUGACCAGCUGUGCAUGCUGAACGAUGAGGACGAUGAUGACUAUAACGAGAGGAGGAAGAUAAGGAGAAGGAAGAGGAGGGAGAGGAGGAAGAAGAAGAUGAUGAUGACGACGAUGGCUGGGACGACGAAUCAUCAUGGGGGUGAUGGUGUUGGUGAUAACAUGAAUGUCAAUGGUAGCAAUAACGGUGGUAACAAUGGUAAUAACAAUAAAAUUGACAUCGAAACAGUUAUAAAUAACAAUAAUAAUCAUAAUAAUAAUAAUCAUAAAAAUAAUAAUAAUAAUAACAUUGAUGAUGGUGGUAAUAAUCGUGGGAGUAGUUCAAACGUUGUUAGUAUUAAAGUGGUGAUGAUGAUGCUCAUGGAAACAUCGGGACAACUGUUGCUGGAGGGAAGGGUUGUAAAAGAGUGA